AUGUUGGAUCUCUGUGUCACCAUCAAAGGGGUGUCCUUCCUGUUGCAAACAGGGUUAGGGAUCCUGGGGAACACUCUGGUGCUGCUGGCCUACACCCAGGUCCUCUGCUCUGAGCGCCGACUCCAGCCUGUGGACAUAAUUCUCUGCCACCUAGCCUUCGUUGACCUGAUGCUGCUCCUCACCCGCUGCGUCCCCCAGACCAUGACUGUGUUUGGCCUGCAUGACCUGCUGAAUGACCCGGGCUGCAAGGUGGUCAUCUACUCCUACCGCAUCUCCCGGGCUCUGUCUGUGUGCAUCACCUGUAUGCUCAGUGUGUUCCAGGCAGUGACCAUCUCCCCUGCAGGUGGACCCUGUUUGUCCAGGCUUAAGGCCCGGCUUCCCAGCCUCAUCGUGCCCACCAUCGCAGGGCUGUGGCUCCUCAACAUGGCUGUAUGCAUCGCAGCUCCAUUUUUCUCUAUUGCCCCACGCAACGGCACUGUGCCUGCCUUCACCCUCAACCUGGGCUUCUGCCAUGUGGACUUCAGGGACAUGCUGUCCUACAAGAUCAAUGGAGUGGCAGUCUCUACACGGGACUUUGCCUUUGUGGGGCUCAUGUUGUGGUCCAGCGGCUACAUCCUUCUCCUCCUCCACCGUCACAGCCGCCAGGUGAGAAGCAUCCGACGAUCAUCCCAGGGUGGAGGAGCUGAGACUAGGGCAGCCAAGACAGUGGUCACCCUGGUGGUGUUGUAUGUUGUAUUCUUCGGCAUAGACAAUAUCAUCUGGAUUUACAUGCUGACGGUAGCUAAGGUGUCUCCAGUGGUGGCUGACAUGAGGGUCUUCUUCUCCUCCUGUUAUGCCUCUCUCAGCCCCUUUUUCAUCAUCAGCUCCAAUAAGAAGGUCAAGAGUAAGUUGGUGUGUGCUGCAGCCGACCAAGAGCAGCCAUCAGUCGACACCCAGGACUCCAAUGACAAGAUGUAA